AAAAAAGUUCGAGGUCGAGCUGCUGAUGUUCGCCGCUGCGAGAUUUGCAGCAACACACCGAGAAUGAAGAUCAAAGCCCUCAGCCGGUCGACGUCGUCGGCACAGGCCCCCGGAUCGAAUGUCGCAAAGAUCACGCGCAACCUCGACCCCAACCAGCAUCCGUUCGAACGCGCCCGCGAGUACACACGAGCGCUCAAUGCAACCAAGAUCGAGCGCAUGUUCGCGCAGCCCUUCUUGGGAGACUUCGAGCCCGGUCACGUAGAUGGUGUCUACUCCUUCGCCAAGGACCCCAAUUCCCUCGAGCACUUUGCCAGUGGCAGUGGUGACGGUGUUGUAAAAGUAUGGGACUUCACGAGCAGGCAGGAGAAAUGGCAGGCGCAGGCGCACGAGAACAUGGUCAAGGGCAUGUGCUGGACGUGCGAUAAGCGUCUCAUCACUUGCGGUGCGGACAAGCAGAUCCAGAUGUUUGAGCCAUACGCGCAAGCCUCCAAGUCGCCGCCGAAAGCUACAUGGCACGGAAACGCCGCCUUCACAUCUGUCACGCAUCACCGUUCCCUGCCCUCCUUCGCUGCUGCUUCGAACGUUGUCUCAAUAUAUGACACUGCUCGCACAUCAGGCGCUCCAGUACAGAACCUUGUGUGGCCCUCAGCCAUCGACACCAUUAACUACGUCAGCUUCAACCAGGUUGAGACGUCAAUCCUGGCAUCUUGCGCUACUGACCGUGCUAUCGUCCUGUACGACAUGCGCACGAGCUCUCCUCUCCACCGAACGGUCCUCAACUUUGCCUCAAAUUGCAUCUCCUGGAAUCCCAUGGAGGCGUACAACUUCGCUGUCGCCAACGAAGAUCACAACUGCUACAUAUUCGACAUGCGCAACAUGAAGCGAGCCCUGCAAGUCCUGAAGGGUCAUGUCGCCGCCGUCAUGAGCGUCGAAUUCAGCCCGACCGGAGAAGAGCUCGUCUCUGGCUCCUACGACCGAUCAGUCCGCCUAUGGGAGCGCCAGAAGGGUCACGCCCGCGACGUCUACCACACCAAACGCAUGCAGCGAGUCUUCUCCGUUGCUUGGUCGCCAGACAACAACUAUGUCCUCAGCGGUUCGGACGAUGGCAACGUGCGCCUAUGGCGAGCAAAGGCUUCUGCCAGACAAGGCGUCAAGUCUUUUGCUCUGCAACAGAAGUUGCAGUACGACGAGGCGCUCAAGGAGCGCUACAAGCAUAUGCCUGAGAUUGCAAGGAUCAACAGGCACAGACACAUUCCCAAGGCAGUCAAAAAGGCCGGCGAGAUCAAGAGUGAAGAGCUCAAGGCCAUCAAGAGGAAAGAAGAGAACGAGAGGAGGCACACUAAGAAGGGCAAAGUCAGGCGGAAGGCUGAACGCGAGAAGAUGGUCUUGGUGAAGGAGUCGUAGGGCGUGGGCGUGCGUGUGUUGUCAAGGGCAUAGCGAUGGCGUUCUGGGUCAAAAGGUUGCAUUUGCAAGCACGAAGUGGAAGUGGGUAGGAUUAGUCCAAUGGGAUUCUUUCACGGUGUCUCCGAUCUCGUAUACCCAAUUCAGACUUCUAGGCAUAGCUUCUCGCGGCAUACUGCUUCGUUUGAUCUUGAAGGUUGUGUUCUACUUAGAGUUGCCGACUGCGGGGUACGUCGUUGAUAAUGACAAAUGCUACAGCCGAACUACAUCCAUCACGAACCACGAG